GCCAGCCUGUGAAGGCAGAGAGAAAUUGACUAAUUAGCAAUGCGCACUAAAACUUGACGGUUCUUUAUAGAGAGAGAGAAGAGAGAGGGAGAGCGAGAGGGAGGGAGGCGGGGGGGGGGGGGGGGGGGGGGCCUCGCUUUUUCCCCUUCUUUCUUCCAAAGAUGUUUGAAAUCGCAGUCAUUUACGCUCGACAAUUUUUACAAUAGCCUUGAGCCAUAAUUUUGCGAGUCUCUCCAGCAUCCAUCCCCCUGUAUGGUCUCUCUCCACUGGCCAUGCACGACCGUUUCUCUCCCCAACCGUGGAUUUCCUAUUACUCUCGUUACGACUCACUGAGCCCCAGGCCCAAGGAUAAUGAUGUGUUGUUUCUUGGUAGCAUAAUUUGUCACACGUACAUUUUUUCUUCUUCUUCUCUUGCAGAAAGCUCUGCGCUCUCUCUCUCUCUCUCUCUUUCUCUCUCUCUCCUUCUCUCUCUCGUACAUUUUCUUGCUGUUGCUAAUUCAUGGUGAUCAAAUGAUGUACGACAAAAUAAAUUGUAAAGAGUGACUGCUCCGAGUUGGGAACCAGAAGGUUUUUUUUUUUUCUUUCUUUCUUUUCUCUCCCCCCCUUUUUCUUUUUUUUUUUUUUUUUUUUUUUUUUUUUUUGGAAGGAGCAAGCAAACCUUUAAAAAGGAAGGACAAUUGAUUUUUUGGGGGGGAGCUUAAGUGAACCUUUACUUUGGCAGCUGGUUGUGGAGCAGGUAAGUUUCUGGCCUUGUGUCUAACCGUCUCUGUGCAUUUUCUUGUGUCUCCUGAUUUGUUUGUUGUUGGGGGAGAGGAAAGGGGUGUCUGUGUGUGCGGGUGUGUGCGCUGGAAGUGUGUGCGGGGGGGUGGGGGGCAGUUGUGUAACGAACGCGUUUGCAGAAUAAACUCCGAUUGCAAGAAAUGGGCAAAACGAGGAAGAAAGAAGGGGAGGGAGAAAGAGGAGGAGUGUGUGUGUAUGUAUGCGUGUGUGUGUGUGUGUGUGUGCAUGUAUGUAUGUCUGUGUGUGCGCGGUGGGGAGGGGGGGAUUGACCGGGUCCACUUAAAGGGAGAGGCUCCGGGAGGUUUCUGUAGCCGGCGGCGGGGCGCGGAGCGGGGCUGAGCGGCGCCGGGGCAGGGGAAGCGGCUGGAGGGAGCCCCUUGCUGUGCCGAUAAAUGGGGCGGGGGAGGGGGGGGGACGGGGGGGGGUGUGAAGGGAGGCAGAGGAAGCCCAGCGCUGGCGAGGAGCGACUGAGCGCGCUGCAAUGGCAGGAGCAGGUCUCGGCGGGAUCCCGCUGAGGAGGAGGAGGAGGAGGAGGAGGAAGAGCGGCGGCGGCGCUCGGCGGCGGGGCGGGAUGCGGCCAGCGCGGGUCGGUGGCUGCGCAACCCCCGCAGGUUGGAGGAGGGUUUAAAAGGCAGGUGUGUCGGCGGCCGCUCGCCAUGUCCAGAUCCGGGGACAGGACCUCCACCUUCGACCCCAGCCACAGCGACAACCUGCUGCACGGCCUCAACCUGCUGUGGAGGAAGCAGCUCUUCUGCGACGUGACCCUGACGGCCCAGGGCCAGCAGUUCCACUGCCACAAGGCCGUGCUGGCCUCCUGCUCCCAGUACUUCCGAUCCCUCUUCUCCAGCGGCGGCGGGAGCGGCGGGCACCCCCACGCCCUGGGGCUGGGGCCCGGCGCCCAGGACGGGCUGGGGGGCCCGCCGAAGGAGCCCCCGCCGCCGCAGCCGCAGGAGGAGCCCGGCACCCCGUCCUCCUCACCGGAGGACAAGCUGCUGGCCAGCCCGCGGGCCAUCAACAACCUGGUGCUGCAGGGCUGCUCGUCCAUCGGGCUGCGGCUGGUGCUGGAGUACCUGUACACGGCCAACGUGACCCUCUCGCUGGACACGGUGGAGGAGGUGCUGUCGGUCAGCAAGAUCCUGCACAUCCCGCAGGUCACCAAGCUGUGCGUGCAGUUCCUCAACGACCAGAUCUCGGUGCAGAACUACAAGCAGGUGUGCAAGAUCGCCGCCCUGCACGGCCUGGAGGAGACCAAGAAGCUGGCCAACAAGUACCUGGUGGAGGACGUGCUGCUGCUCAACUUCGAGGAGAUGCGCGCCCUGCUCGACUCGCUGCCCCCCCCCGUCGAGUCGGAGCUGGCGCUCUUCCAGAUGUCCGUGCUCUGGCUGGAGCACGACCGGGAGACCCGCAUGCAGUACGCCCCGGACCUGAUGAAGCGCCUCCGCUUCGCCCUCAUCCCGGCGCCGGAGCUGGUGGAGAGGGUCCAGUCGGUGGAUUUCAUGCGCACCGACCCCGUCUGCCAGAAGCUGCUGCUGGACGCCAUGAACUACCACCUGAUGCCCUUCAGGCAGCACUGCCGGCAGAGCCUGGCCAGCAGAAUUCGUUCCAAUAAGAAAAUGCUGUUAUUGGUUGGAGGAUUGCCUCCCGGACCUGACCGGCUACCCAGCAAUUUGGUUCAGUAUUAUGAUGAUGAAAAGAAGACGUGGAAAAUACUGACAAUUAUGCCAUAUAACAGCGCCCAUCACUGUGUCGUGGAAGUGGAAAACUUUUUGUUCGUGCUGGGAGGAGAAGACCAGUGGAACCCUAAUGGGAAACACAGUACAAACUUUGUUAGCCGAUACGAUCCCAGGUUUAACAGCUGGAUACAACUUCCACCCAUGCAAGAGAGGAGAGCCAGUUUCUACGCCUGUCGCCUUGACAAGAACUUGUACGUAAUCGGUGGAAGAAACGAAACUGGCUACUUGUCCAGCGUGGAGUGCUACAAUCUGGAGACAAACGAGUGGCGUUACGUGUCUUCACUACCACAGCCUUUGGCAGCCCAUGCAGGAGCCGUUCACAAUGGCAAGAUAUAUAUUUCAGGAGGUGUUCACAAUGGAGAAUAUGUCCCCUGGCUGUACUGCUAUGACCCUGUGAUGGACGUCUGGGCCCGAAAACAGGACAUGAACACAAAGCGAGCAAUCCACACUUUGGCUGUAAUGAAUGAUCGACUGUAUGCAAUUGGAGGAAACCAUUUGAAAGGUUUCUCCCAUCUCGAUGUGAUGCUUGUGGAAUGCUACGAUCCAAAAGGUGACCAGUGGAAUAUCCUCCAGACUCCUAUUCUGGAGGGUCGCAGUGGCCCUGGGUGCGCAGUCCUUGAUGACAGUAUUUACCUUGUAGGAGGCUACAGCUGGAGUAUGGGAGCCUACAAAUCUUCUACUAUUUGCUAUAGUCCUGAGAAAGGGACUUGGACAGAACUAGAAGGAGAUGUUGCUGAGCCACUUGCAGGGCCUGCUUGUUCAACUGUCAUAUUGCCAGCCUGCGUACCGUACAACAAAUGAUAGUCACGGAGCACUGACACGAACACUGAUUGCAUUGGGGAAAAUAAUGACGGGUGACGUAAAUAUUUUAUUAGAACAGGAUUCCUGCUAAAACAAAUCUACCAUAAUUGACCCCUUAUUCCAUAUUUAUGCUUUAGGAGCAAACUAAAAGAAAACAAAAACCACGUGUUGCCCCAUCUCAGAUAGAUGCCGGUGUCUUAUGAAGCAAGUAGCUAAAACACACCGAACAUUACAUGCUGACAGACUGCCAUUUCAGACUGAUUUUAACUUUUUCCUGCUGCAGAGAUAUUCCUCACGUCAAAUUUAACUUAAAAAAAAAAAAAAAAAAUGAAGGCUAACUGUUCAAAUACAGCCUGAAGAGACAAGAUCAGUAUUGUGCAUUGUAUCUACCUGCAUGUGAUCUGUGUUGAAGUCAUGAGGAUGUUGUUUUCAUGAAUGCUUCAGAAUUCAGAUAGUGAAAAGCUCACACUGCAUUGCAGGAUAGUCUCCUCCUCUGUAAUCCUAACCUACAGCUACUUCACAUGCUCUGCAAGCAACACAGCAUCAGAAGAUUACAAAAGGUAAAGAAAUACCAUUCAGUUUUUGCACAGCUUGGCAACUAAUACACUCUGCCUUCAAAGUCCCCACGUGUAAGUGCAGCGGAAAGCAGACUACAAUGAAAGCCAUGCUUUACAGAGCACUUCUUGCAAUAGCAGUUUAGGGAUUAGGAUCAAAUUCUUCUAAUCACACUUGUGUAAAGUCAGAGUCAUUUCACUGAAAUCACAUGGAAUGACUGUUUUUACAUUGGUAUAACAGAAAUUUGGUCCUACACCUUAAAUUUUGGGUUUGUAAAGUAAGUUAUUUCUGUGACCACUUAAGGAAGCACCAGAACCCUUACUUACUUUUCACUGACCUGUUAGACAGGAGCAUCUGUGCGAGUUGCUUCCAAAGACAGGAAGACUGCAUUUAACUAUAAAUGUAUUACUUUGGACUCUUAAAUGAUUAUUCACGAUUUUGGAGAGACACUGGUAAGUAGUUAAAACACUCCUGUGUAGUUGAUCUGCAGAGGUACUCUGAAAGAUUUUUACUAUUGAUCCAAACUAAUAUGAGGCUGGACUCUCCACUGCCUUACAGCCUGUGUAAUUAUUUACACAUGGCAAAACGAGUUCAGAAUGCUACCGCACGGGACCAGUAGCAUUUAGUACUCCCUUCAUGAACUCAUAGUUGCUUGCACAAAUCAUGCUGUGUUUUAAGCUUAUGUCUUUCUGUCCCGGCUUUGCAAAAGCAGUGACAAAAUCUGAGCCCAGUUCUUCACCACCUUGCAGUUAACAUAAUCAUCUACACCUCAGUGAAGCGUAUGCAUAAUUCUUCCAUUGUGGUUGACUGGUGCUGCAUCCAUUACCCUCAGGAUCGUCCUCUUCGCUGGUAUAAACUGACAUUGCUCCGUUGAAGCCAACGGAUCUACAUUGGUUUAUGUCAGCUAAGAAUCUGGCCUUUAAUUUGCCUAGUUGUAACAGGCUGCACCAGAUAAAAAGCAAAGGAGACUCAGAUCCUGCGUUUUCAAGCCUGCACGUAUCUUUCACGAUAGGGCUUAAUGCUGGUGCAUUAAGCAAGGAGCAGACAACUACUGGAGGCUGGUUUCUGCUGCAGAGGCAAUAGAUGGGAGAAAGAUUUCAUUAUUUGUUCUGCAAAAUAGAAAGAGGGCGAAUGUACACAGAAAUUACACUAUAUAUUGAUGCUUGAGAGCAAUAUAAAUAAUGGAGAGAAAAUACCACGGGACUGUUUCUCUCUGGCAUCAGUCCAGUCUUAUUGCAGUGCAACUCCCUUGCUUGCAGCAGAAUUACACAGUUGUAAAAUCGGAGUAAUGCAGUAAAGACUGAUACCAUACAAAUGCAAUAACACAACUGAUGAGGUAGCUGCACGCCUGGAAAAAAAAUGUUCAAACAGAAUAAUUAUCUGAAGAUGCUAAUAUUUGAAUGUGCCGUUAGAGAGUUUUCCAGUGAGCAUCACUAAGGAACUCAUAAAGGUGGAGUGUAUAUCCUGAAAUCUCAAUCCAUUUCUACUAUAUAGUGCAAUCUUAGUUGGUUUUGUAUUUAUUUAUAUUGUUCAGAUCCAAGGGAUCCCUUGUAAAAUACAUUUGGUGCAAUCAUGACUUUUUUUUUCCUUUCCUGUUGAAAGUAUAUAAAUAUAAAUAUAUAUAAAAAGGAAGCUGUUAAGAUACUAAAUGAGGAAAUCUUGAAUGACGUUUAAGAUCAGGAUAAGGUCUGCCAUUAAACACUGACUGUCACCUGUCUCUACUAAAACGUACCAUUUUUAAAGGACAUUUGUUGUCCUUUUAAGUGGUUCUUUUUUUUAACCAAGAUAAUUUAAAGAUUUAUGAGGACUGUAUGUAAAUCUUUCUAUCUUUCAGGAAGGCAUGACCAAGGAAAGUGCUAACUGAAUAAGUCACAAAAAGAAUGUAAAUUUUGUACAGUACUAGACUGUGUAAAUGAAGCUUGCUUGUAGGGGGGAAACUUUAAAUAAAACUUUAUGUACUAAUUCAACUGUCUGCCAUAUUCCUACUUAUAAAGUGUAUGUAUAAAUAAUAUCUACAUUAAAUUCUUUGGAACUUUUUUUAUCAU